AUGUUUACGAACCCGGCUAAUGCGACUAAGCCUAUAGGGGGGAAUAUACUGGCACAUAGCAGCCAGACUAGGCUGCAGCUUCGGAAGGGACAAGCCUCUGAGAAACGUAUUCUGAAGAUAUACGACUCGCCGUGUCUACCAGAAUCGGAGUGUGCAUUUUCAAUCACUGCAAAUGGCCUUGCUGACUACGUCAAGCCACCGCAGAGGGAUGCCUAUGAGCAGGAGAAGAGGAAAGGGUAUAAAUAUUAG